AUGCUACCUCGUCCGCUUCUUCUAUCUCUCCUGCCCCUCCUCCGCCCGGCAUCAGCAGCUGUGGCCACCUACGUCGGCUGCUUCGCCUCCUCGGGUGACCUCACCCUGGACGACACCUACGAAUACCAGUCAUCCUCCUACUGCACCACCCAGUGCACCUCCUCAGACUACUCCGUCCUUGGUCUCACCCUCGGAUCAACUUGCUACUGUGGAAACUCCAUCCCCGGUUCCCAGGUCGACGACUCCUACUGCGACACCGGGUGUUAUGGAUACGGCACCGAAGACUGCGGCGGAACCGGCUACUACUCCGUCUACCUCACCGGCGUAGGCACCGUCGAGAACUCGGACGCGCUCCAGUCCGCUGCUGCCUUCUCUGAUUCCGCGUCCUCCUCCGCCUCCGGGGCCGCUGAAACCUCCUCCGCGUCAGACACCUCAACCUCCUCCUCCACAUCCACAUCCACCACCUCCUCCUCAACAUCAUCAUCAACAUCCUCCUCCACCUCCUCCACAGCGACCAAAUCCUCCACCUCGGCCACUGCCACCUCCACCUCCUCUUCCUCAUCGGAGACCUCAGCCUCGGCUACCGCGUCCGCAGAAUCUUCUUCCGACUCUGCGUUCGCUACGUCCUCGCUCACCACAUCCGCAACCUCCUCCUUCACCUCAUCCGCAUCAGCCACCGACGCCUCUUCCACUUCGUCCGUAGCCUCCGCUACCUCCUCCGCUUCUGAUUCUUCCUCAUCCGCUGGCUCCGACUCCAACUCUUCUGACUCGGGCUCCAACUCGUCAUCCUCAAAAUCGUCCUCCUCCGGCCUCUCCGGCGGCGUUAUCGGCGGCAUAGUCGUCGGUGUCGUCGUCGGCCUGGCCGCCAUCGCCGCCCUCAUCUUCUUCAUCUGGCGCCGUCGCCGGAACGCUGACGAUGACGACGACGACGAUUGGCCAGACUACUCGCGUUCGCGCGGCCGCGGCGGAAACUCCCACCCCCUCCCGCUCUCGUCCAACGAUAACACGCCCGCGCUCCCGUCCGAGAAACUUUCGUCAAACUCCCUCAGCUCGGGCCGCGGACGCGUUGCGAUCGUCGAUCAGCGGCUGAAUCCCAUUAUGAUGGAACGACGACUCUCGGACGGCAGCUUGUCGGACGAGCAGGAUUACAGUCGAAAGAUUCUGCGCGUCGUCAACGUCGACUAA